AUGGGAAUUCCAGACAAUUUGACUGUCCCAACUUGCCAUUCAAAUAGUUCCAGUUCAUCAUCUAGUUCGUCAUUCUAUGGAAGCAGCGUAUCAUCCUCUGAAGAUUGUGAUGAUCUUAUUAAUGAUACAGCGUACUUACCUAAAAAUAAUGAAGAAAGUGACAGUGAAAAGGAAAAUGUUGCUGACAAUACUCAAAAAAAUACUGCAGGUGCAGGUUCUCACACAGACAACAGUACUCCGCAUUUAAAUAAUCCAUCCACAUCUGCUCAAAAUAUACAAAUUUCAGUGAGUCCCGCCAAAAAAGGUCUUAAACGAAAAAACAAUAAAGAAAUGUGGAAAAGAAAUAUUUUGAAGAAAUCCAGAAAUAGUGGGAAGGCAUACGAAACUCAUACAAAAAAUGAAGGAUUCGAGAUCGAAUGGAAAUGA